AUGUCGUCCGUCACAAGGGUUCCCGCAGACGUUUUCAUCAACAGCUUCGCGGCUCACCUCAAGAACCGCGGUAUAAUAAAGUGCCCCGCGUUCACAGACUACGUUAAGACGGGCGUCUCGCGCCAGUACGCCCCCAGGGACGCCGAUUGGUUUUACAUCAAGGCGGCCUCCGUCAUCAGGCACUUCUACAUCUCUGGGAGCCAUUCCAUCGGCGUGGCUGGGCUGGCCCGAAAGUACAGUAGCCUCCAGAAGGGCAAAACCACCCCGCACCACACAAAGAGAGCCAGCUGCAAGGUCAUCAGGUCUAUAGUCUCUCAGUUCCUCGGCCAGAAGCUCCUCAUAGCCGGCGAGAGGGGCCGCCACAUCUCUCCGAACGGGCGAAAGAUGGUCGAGGACUUUGCAGAGGGCCUCCAAAAAUAA